AUGUUGUUUAGCCUCUAUCGUGGUCUUGCAGCUUUGCUGCUUGCACCUGAUGGUCAACAGAUUCCAGUGACUACAAUCCAGAAUGUUUUGCACCUGCAACGUGCAUCUGCCACACCCGGCAGCAAACAGUUUCUCACUGUUGGUGAAGAAUUGGCUGUGGUUCAGCGACUACAGCAGCAUUUGAAUCAUGUGCGUGCAGGGUACGAUACCAUCUAUGGCCAGGGCGGCACGGACGGAUUCGGAGCGUUAGAUGCAUGUCAGUCUACUUGGGAUCUCAAGACGUUCCAGGCAAAUUUACGGCGAGGCGUUGAGCAAAUUGUCAAGACGGUUCUACGAAGUAGCUUGAACUACAUCAAUCUGCCUCAAAUGGGCGAGCCAUUACAACUUGAUCACACAUCGCGCACGCCAUCGAUGUACAUGGUCCAAUCGGAUACGAUCAACCGCAUGACCCAAGUACUUGAGGAUGCCUACUUCACGAUUGUUAAUGAGCUAUCCAAGUCAGAAACACUGCCACCCGGCGCGAGUAAGGCCAUGCAUGCGCCCCCUGCUCGAUUCCCCACUGGCCCGCCAGCAAAUAUGGAUCGCCCAGGACCCAGGGGUGUGCCUGCAUUUUCCGAUGUUUAUCCUCUCCGGACAGACAGUGAUGCAUCGCACUUCUUAAGCUCUCCGAACGAGUCAGGUGCAUCGCAGAACGAUGCCGUGCAGCGAACGAUGAUGCUGACCGAGGCCCUGAAGCCCAACAAGGUGCUGACUCGAGUAGACUCCAAGUCAGGACUGCGAUGGACCAAGACCAUAUCGCGGCGCAAGUCAAAAAAGACACUAAAGCGUUCAAUCUCGAAUCCCUACCUUGUGACUACGACGCAGAAUCUCGACAAUGCCAUUGAUCUCGGCAAUCUGCCAUCAAACCACGUGCCGUACGAGAACACGGUACCCAACCGCUUACGCUCUCUUUCUUCCAGCACCCAGGCCGCCCCUGACCGCAGCGAGUCGCUCUCCGCAAGCCAGCUAAAUGAUCCUGCGUAUCUACGUAUCCCCGGCUAUCUACGCUCGCCAUCGCACGAGCACAAUCGAUACGACGAAGGUCUGUAUCUGGGCCGUAAUGCGGCCGCUGGUGGCAGUAGUCCAUUGUUGCCGGGUCAUACGUCACAAAACUCGCGCUACAACGCUUUGACGGCACCAGAAACCGCUGCGCGCACUCCUGAUGAGGCUAUAGGCGCGCGGUCGCAGCUACCUGGGCCAAGCAUUCCCGCAUCAUCAUCGGCGAUACCGGCCUAUACGGCUUUGGCGCCACCGAUUUGUGCAACAGACUAUCUCGGUCAUACCACGAAGUCUUCUGCGCCAGUGCCGGCAGUAUCUACUGCCAAAACUUCCACUUCCAGUCCCGCAUCGCCUUUGGCCCCUUCUACGGAGACAUCCACAUCGCCGUCUCUGAGCUUAGCGCCCAUGGCUUCUCCUCGCAUCCACACCGCAUCGCCACCCCGCGUCACUGCCCCGAUCGUUACGUCUUUCCCUGACAUUGACUCGCGCACGAAGCCUCUCCCUGACAUCAAAAGUAAGCCCCAAAAUGUCAGUCCACUUUCCAUGCCUGAGACCUCGCCCAAGACUCCACCUAUGUUUGCGUCUCGUGGCACGUCAGACGUCAAGGCGCGACCUGCGAGCAAAAUAUCUGUGCUUGCGACGCCCACCGGCUCGCUGGCUCCGAAUAUGAUCCACACGCCGUCGUCCCAUACGCGCGAUUCGGUUCACAGCGCCAUGUUCACGGCUGAAGGACCGGAAGACGACUCUGUGGCAUCUGAGUUUGGGCACAUGAGCUUAUCUUCGAAGGUGGUCCCAGCCCAGACAGCGGCACCGCCCAGCAGUACGUCACGCAUGUCGACUGUAUCGACAUACCUGCGCAAUCCUGGCAACAGCGACGUCAUAACGUUUCCAUCCGCUGCUGAAGACUCUACUGAGAUGGACUUUUCCAUGCCUGGGCAGUUCUUCGAUGCGGCACCACCGCCCGUACCACCUGUGCCGGAGGAGCAUGCGUUGCCCAGGACUACGCCAUCCAAGUCGCAUACCGAGAGUGUUUACGACAUGUACGCUACAGACGUGCAUGACAACGAUGAUACCGGUGACGAGAGUCGUCAAAAAGCGAACUCGGACAACUUUAAGAACGAAGUGUACAUGGGUCAGCGACCGGUUACGGGCUAUGGAUUCCCUGAUGCCAAGUCCAGAAUACGCAGUACGCGGAUUGGAAGUACUAGCAACCCGAUCUGGCAGGUUGUCGCCGGCCUCAAUGACCGCUCGAGCCUACUCAGUGAGGUGGAUACAUCGGUCAACAAUAAGCGCACAAGUGACGUCAGUGUUGUGUCACGGCUUCCCGAAUCGUCCUUCAUGCUGUCUCAGUCCAAGGCAGCGCCAAGGUUCAGCACGAACCUUGAUAAACGUGCGCUGUUUAUGCAGGCUCGCUCUGCCAAGCUCGAGGACCAUCCAUUGGAGACGCUGUUGGGUCCAUCGACGUCAGAAAAGCUUGCCAGCCGCCUCAAUGAAGAUGAGGUAACACUCAGCAGUGUAGGCGACCAUGAGAAUCACCCUCAUGACGAAGACGACCAUCUUGUAACUCCGCUACCUGAACCCGUGCAGGAACCCGAGCCCCCUGUCAAUGGAGAGGCAGAACCAGUGAUUGAGCUGAAUGACCAGGGCCUACCGGUGCAGAUCGUGUACUAUGACGACGACGAGCUACCUGACAUCAUGGACCGCAUCGCAAGUGGUAACAAUGCUGCGCGCAUCGAGUUCCGUCGCCGGAGCGCCCACCCUGGCCAGCCGAAAGAGUCGACAGACACCAAGCUGAAGGACGACGACGAGUCGAAUCUGACGCGUGUGGAGCAGAGCAUUCUGACCCUCUUACGACCGACGUUUUCCAUUCACAAUUUAUAG